AUGAAUAACCACAAAAAAAUAAGCACCCAAGCCAGCAACCACGACGAACAAUUUGCCACCGAAAGCCGAGUUUUUCAAGAAUUAAGAGAAAUUAAAAGCGAGAUUAAAGAAGUAAAAAAAUUCCUUAUCGCCAACAGCCUUCGUCACCAAGCCAGAGAAAAAGAAGUUGCCGAAUGGGACGAAAUUCAAGCCCAAGACGAAGCCCAAAUAAAUAAUGAACGAAUUGCUGAAUUGGAGGCUAUUACUAAUAGAACAGCCAAACAAGAAGCCGAAUUAACCUCUAAAAAACAAGAAUUAGCCGAAUUAGAAAAACAGCAAACGCAAGACCAUAAAAAAACUAACCGAACUCCUUGGCUAAUCGGAGGAGGAAUAGUUUUGUUUAUAAAUGUGCCAAUAACCAGUAUAGGUGUAAAAAUACAGGUAAAUACUUUAAUUAAAAAAUUAGCAGACGAGGAGUUAGCAAAACGGCAAAGAAAAGAGGAAAAGCGAAGAAUAGAAUUAGCUAGGGGUUAUUUAACCGAAAUUGGCAAUUAUCAUAUUUUUCGCAAAGUAAUCGAAGAAGCCGAAGAAAAGGGGACUUUGGAGUCUUAUUGA